AUGGUAGACGACAACUUCGAAAUUGAGCCUGAAGAAGGAUUUCUUACCCCUACCACAGAUGACCAUGUCACAAGAAAUGGGUGGUAUGAAGAAGAAGAAGUUGAGGCCUUUCUUGCUAUCCCGUGGAAUAAGAUGGAACUCAAAGAGCUGAGGGAUGAAGAAUCAACUCCAAACCCCAUUCUGGCCAAUGAGAAACUCGACCCAUAUGACGAUAAGAAAUAUGUUGGUGAACCCUAUGAAAAGGAAGUUAGAUAUAAGGUGAUUCUGGAAUCGAUCGCUCUGGAAACCCAUAAUGUAGACGGAACUUCCACAAAGGAUAAGAAAGACGAGAACUCCUGUUCUAUGACGGAAGAUGAAAUAGCAUUGGAAGAUGAACACAAACGACAUGCGAUCGAGCACAUAAGGGAUAAAAGACAUCGCGAUUCUUCGGGAAACUGUCAUAAAUCAGCGAUACAGAUUGUUGAUAAUCGAAAGGAAAACAAUAGUACUCCUAAUGAAGUAAAGAAUCAUAAGGCCAUAGAAAAAGAAGAUACUGCCUCUUAA